UAGUGUAAGUAGACCUCCAGACUGAUUAGAUUUACUUUCUAGGUUAAAAUUUUAGCAUUGUCUGGACAUUGGCGUGUUAACACUUAACUGUAGUCUCACCGUGAGAUUUGUUUUCAUUUGCCAAGUUGUCAGCAUCAUCUGUUAAUUCUUUUUAGGCCCUUAAGCAUUUGUAAAACGUGAUAUAUCAGGACUGUUUUCUUACAAUGGAAUCUGAAUAAAACACCUGUCACUUUAUUACAUAAUUAGAUAUUCAGAGUAAAGAUUUUACGGAGCUAAAUUCUAGUUCUGGAAUUUUGAAGGGCAGUGGGUAUGUUUUUGUUUGUUUCAGGUCGCAGUUCCACGUCCUCAGUACUGUGUAACGUAGCUCAGCGGGACCAGUAGUGAAUGUUCAGCCACUGAGAGUUCUGUGCUUGUUGAAAGCGUUGGCCUUUUUGUAGACUUUUGCGGGUCAUUUGCAUAAUGCCCCUCCAUUGUGCAAUAGCUUUCUGUUAGCACUGGUCAUUAGCAUAAGGCACUCGGCUUCCCCUCCCAUAGCCUAGGCUAGAUCCAAGGUCUGCACAUCCAGCACCAGCGGGAUAUUCAGCCAUCAGUUACUAAAUUUUUUAUUUUAAAUUCAGAGUGACUUUAGAUAUGUAAACUUCCAAGAAAAGAGAGACUGUAGUGUUUUUGCUCAUCGCAGAAUGAUUGCCUGCAGCAGCUUAUUGUGUUAGCUGGCUGUCAGACAAACGGGUAGAGCCAUUUCACUUGAAACCUGCGGUAUCAUGGCUGCCGGGCUGGGUGAGAGAGCACAGCUCACGUGUGCAAAAGAGGGAAAAGGGUCAGAACCCUUUUAUUUGUAGUAGGGCUGGAGCAGUUCAUCUCCUUGGAUGAAUGGUCCUGCACUGGGUCCUGACAACACUCACUGAGGAGUUUGUCAUCCUGUCCCUGUCUGGGGCUGAGCACCUCACUCCCACAUGGUCACGAAGCGGGCAGAGAUCCCGGUAAACUUCCUUCCCGCCUUCUCAUUUUAUGCUCUUGCUCUGGGACGGGAGGGCAGGAAACCUUAUGUUUUUAUGCUGGGUUAAUUUUUGUACGAUAAGGACAAAGAUGGUGGUGUGUAGAAAUCAGCUUCGUUGGUUGUUUUCAAGCAUGAAAGUUACAGCUUAGAGAGUGAAAAGCUCAAAUCCAAAGACUGUAGGAAUCCCUGUUUGCACUUAGCUAUUCUAAACCUCCCAUUCGAUCUUAUCAGUCACAUUGACCUGAGAGACCAUGAGCAGUGGCCCAGUUUAAGGAGAGAUUUAAAAUACUCCUCAGAACAGGCUAAAAAUAAUAUACCAGAAACCACCACAAGUUGGAAUCGACUCUGCGGCAGUGGGUUGUAUUUGUAUACCUUGGAUCAAAACCUUUAUGGCAUCUUUGAAGUGCUCUGGGGUCUUUCCUGUAACAAAGCCUGUUGUACUGUUAACUUUAGCAGAAAGAAUCUACCUUAGGUCUUACCCAAGGAAGAUUCUAUUUAAAGUAUUUAAAAGGACUUCCUUUUAUGACAUUGUGUUCAACUGUAUCCUGACUGUCUGGGCUUAAAGACGGUUUUAAUGGAGAGUAUUGAAUGAAAUGUAAGUGCUCACAGCACCGUGUGAGGUGGCAGGUUGUUGAAAGCCCUGCUGGGCAGGUUCUCUGAUUUCGUCAUUGUGUGCAUUCUUUGUUUUACCUUUUUCCACGGCUGGGAAGGAUUAAAGAGCUCUCGGAGAUUGGUGGUUUGGGAAUAUGACCGAUACCUAGCAUCUAGCAAAAUAAUGGCAGCUGCUUACCUUGACCCAAACUUGAAUCACACACCAAAUUCGAGUACUAAGACUCACCUGGGUACAGGUGUGGAACGUUCCCCUGGGGCAAUGGAGAGAGUGUUAAAGGUCUUCCAUUAUUUUGAAAGCAGUAGUGAGCCAACCACGUGGGCCAGUAUUAUCAGACAUGGAGACGCGACUGACGUCAGAGGCAUCAUCCAGAAGAUAGUGGACAGUCACAAAGUAAAGCACGUGGCCUGCUACGGGUUCCGCCUCAGUCACCUGCUGUCCGAGGAGGUUCACUGGCUCCACUUGGACAUGGGCGUUUCCAACGUGCGGGAGAAAUACGAACUUGCACACCCCCCCGAGGAGUGGAAAUAUGAAUUGAGAAUUCGUUAUUUGCCAAAAGGAUUUCUAAACCAGUUUACUGAAGAUAAGCCAACUCUGAAUUUCUUCUAUCAACAGGUGAAGAGCGAUUAUAUGUUAGAGUUAGCUGAUCAAGUGGACCAGGAAAUUGCUCUGAAGUUGGGUUGUCUAGAAAUACGGCGAUCAUACUGGGAGAUGCGGGGCAACGCACUGGAGAAGAAGUCUAACUAUGAAGUAUUAGAAAAAGAUGUUGGUUUAAAGCGAUUUUUCCCUAAGAGUUUACUGGAUUCUGUCAAGGCCAAAACUCUAAGAAAACUGAUCCAACAGACAUUUAGACAAUUUGCCAACCUUAAUAGAGAAGAAAGUAUUCUGAAAUUCUUUGAGAUUCUCUCCCCUGUGUACAGAUUUGAUAAAGAAUGCUUCAAAUGUGCUCUUGGUUCAAGCUGGAUCAUUUCAGUGGAACUGGCAAUUGGCCCAGAAGAGGGUAUCAGUUACCUAACGGACAAGGGCUGCAAUCCUACACAUCUGGCCGACUUUAACCAAGUGCAGACCAUCCAGUAUUCAAACAGCGAAGACAAGGACAGAAAAGGAAUGCUGCAGCUAAAAAUAGCGGGCGCGCCCGAGCCUCUGACAGUGACGGCCCCAUCCUUAACCAUUGCAGAGAAUAUGGCUGACUUGAUCGAUGGCUACUGCCGGCUGGUGAACGGAGCCACGCAGUCUUUCAUCAUCAGACCCCAGAAAGAAGGUGAACGGGCUUUACCAUCAAUACCAAAGCUUGCCAACAGCGAGAAGCAGGGCGUGCGGACUCACGCUGUCUCCGUGUCAGAGACAGACGACUAUGCUGAGAUCAUAGAUGAGGAAGACACCUACACCAUGCCCUCCACCAGGGAUUACGAGAUCCAAAGAGAACGAAUAGAGCUGGGGCGCUGUAUCGGAGAAGGUCAAUUUGGAGACGUACAUCAAGGGGUUUAUAUGAGUCCGGAGAAUCCAGCUUUGGCGGUUGCAAUUAAAACAUGUAAAAACUGUACUUCGGACAGCGUGAGAGAGAAGUUUCUUCAAGAAGCCUUAACAAUGCGUCAGUUUGACCACCCUCACAUUGUGAAGCUGAUUGGCGUCAUCACGGAGAAUCCCGUCUGGAUUAUCAUGGAGCUCUGCACGCUUGGGGAGCUGAGGUCAUUUUUGCAAGUAAGGAAAUACAGUUUGGAUCUGGCAUCUUUGAUCCUGUACGCCUACCAGCUUAGUACAGCUCUUGCAUAUCUAGAGAGCAAAAGAUUUGUACACAGGGACAUUGCUGCUCGGAAUGUUCUGGUGUCCUCAACUGAUUGUGUAAAAUUAGGAGACUUUGGAUUAUCCCGAUAUAUGGAAGACAGUACUUACUACAAAGCUUCCAAAGGAAAAUUGCCUAUUAAGUGGAUGGCUCCAGAGUCCAUCAAUUUUCGACGUUUUACCUCAGCUAGUGACGUGUGGAUGUUUGGUGUGUGUAUGUGGGAGAUUUUGAUGCAUGGUGUGAAGCCUUUUCAAGGAGUGAAGAACAAUGAUGUGAUCGGUCGGAUUGAAAAUGGGGAGAGAUUACCAAUGCCUCCAAAUUGUCCUCCUACCCUCUACAGCCUUAUGACGAAGUGCUGGGCCUAUGACCCCAGCAGGCGGCCCAGGUUUACUGAACUUAAAGCACAGCUCAGCACAAUCCUGGAGGAAGAGAAGGUUCAGCAAGAAGAACGCAUGAGAAUGGAGUCCAGAAGACAGGUCACAGUGUCCUGGGACUCCGGAGGGUCCGAUGAAGCACCUCCCAAGCCCAGCAGACCUGGUUAUCCCAGUCCGAGGUCAAGUGAAGGAUUUUAUCCCAGCCCACAGCACAUGGUACAAACCAAUCAUUACCAGGUCUCUGGCUACCCUGGCUCCCAUGGAAUCACAGCCAUGGCUGGCAGCAUCUACCCAGGCCAGGCCUCUCUUCUGGACCAGACAGACUCCUGGAAUCACAGAGCUCAGGAGAUACCAAUGUGGCAGCCCAACAUGGAGGACUCUGCAGCAUUAGACAUGCGAGGAAUUGGGCAGGUACUGCCAGCCCACCUGAUGGAAGAGCGGCUGAUCCGACAGCAACAGGAAAUGGAAGAAGAUCAGCGCUGGUUGGAGAAAGAGGAGAGAUUCCUGAAGCCGGAUGUGAGGCUCUCCCGGGGCAGCGUCGACAGGGACGACGGAGGUCUCCAGGGCCCGACUGGAAACCAACACAUAUAUCAGCCUGUGGGUAAGCCAGAUCCUGCAGCUCCACCAAAGAAACCACCACGCCCUGGAGCCCCCUGCCACCUGGGCAGCCUUGCCAGCCUCAGCAGCCCUGGGGACAGCUACAACGAGGGUGUCAAGCUCCAGCCCCAGGAGAUCAGUCCUCGGCCCACGGCCAACCUCGACCGCUCCAACGACAAGGUAUACGAGAAUGUCACUGGCCUGGUGAAAGCUGUCAUCGAGAUGUCCAGUAAAAUCCAACCGGCCCCACCAGAGGAGUACGUGCCUAUGGUGAAGGAAGUCGGCUUGGCCCUGAGGACGUUACUGGCGACCGUGGAUGAGACCAUUCCUGUCCUGCCAGCCAGCACGCACCGCGAGAUUGAGAUGGCCCAGAAGCUGCUGAACUCCGACCUGGGGGGGCUCAUCAACAAGAUGAAGCUGGCCCAGCAGUACGUCAUGACCAGCCUCCAGCAGGAGUACAAGAAGCAAAUGCUGACCGCCGCGCAUGCCCUGGCCGUGGAUGCCAAAAACCUGCUCGAUGUCAUUGACCAAGCGAGACUGAAAAUGCUGGCGCAGACGAGACCGCACUGAGGCCGCCGAGGGGCAGGCCUUCCGCCCGCGCCUGACCGGAGUGCCCCGCAGAUGUUCUCGCCUUCCACCAGCAGUGAGGAGCUAGCCCCGGGUCCUCUGCGCCAGUGCUUACGGCUCCCACUCCCCUGACUGACGGAUGGUUGAAAUCUCUCUCACGUCAGUUCGGCCACGUUUUGGUUUGAGUUGGUUUUUUGUUUUGUUUUCCUUUAAUCGUGAUGUUCAGAAAAGUCGGGGAUCCAAAAUGUGGCAGUUUUCUGAGGAUGAAAACCGUAUCUGAGAAGCUUUUGAGGAGCGUGAGGAACGGUUUGUGUUCACACUAAGAUGUGUAUUUAAGGAAACGGCCAAGGGCUGGCACGUUAAUUCCUGAAUUGCCGAAGCUGCGUAUCGGAAGAAAAGAGAAUGACGUGAAGAAUUCCGGGAAACCCACGGGGCUGAGAAUUCUUUUGCCUACCGUAGAAUUAUUAUCCAGACUGGAAUCCUUUUUUGUUAGAGCACCUUCAGUUGCAGUAUGCUAAUACCACUUUACAAAGAAAGAAUAUAAAAGCUAUAUUUUGAAGACUUGAGACAUUUCAGAAAAAAAAAAAAGACUACGACCUUUCCAUCUCUGCUGCCUUUUACUUUGAUGUGGAUACGUGAGGCGUUCGGUUGAGAACUAGCUGUUAGAACAUUACUAAGAACUCCGGUCUUUCUCACCAGAAUAACGUGCCAGUUUGGUAGCUGUGCUCUUUCUUUCGGGAGCAGCAGUGCUUUGUCCCCGAGCACCUGCAGACUGCGUUGAGAAGCCCCGUAACUGGCCCUGGUGUCCAUUUUUAUAUAAUUUAUAAAGAAAGACUAUUUUGCAGCCACUGGAGCUAACGACCCCUUCAUUGUGUCUGUCUUCCCGGAAGAGAAUCCAGCAGAACAGAGGGAUUUGGUUUUCUCUUGAUGUCCGGUUAUACCAUCCAUUCUGUUAAAUAAUAAUUUUGAAAAUGUGCCCUCCCUUUAGUUUGUCGGGGGAUAUAAAUUAUUCUCAGGAAGAAUAUAAUGAACUGUACAGUUACUCUGACCUAUUAAAAAGGUGUUACCAG